GCUUUUCUUAGUCCGACUACGUUCCCAGUUGUUGGCUGCGCAUCUGCUUCGUGUUAUAAUCGCGAUACUGGGGGGAAUUCGUGGGUGACGUCAGCGUCGCCCGUUCACUCCUCCAACCUCCACACACUGAAUUUAGAUUUUCGAUUCACGAGCGUUUGCCAACCAGUUGCAAAAGUUUGCCGUUACAGUUUACCACGUGUGCGAGUUCCAGUUGCGAAAAAAUGGGUGUGCUUGGUCGCGUUGGUUCGCAUCUGUGCCAGUGAGCGGUGCCCGUGUGGGAUCCAGACAAAGUGUGCCAGGCCGCCUACCAUGUCCAGCGGCAACUUGUCGGAAAUCCGAGCGCCCCGCUCCAGGAAAAUCAGCAGGACUGAUAGCGAAGUCGCCUGCGAAGAAGCGGCCGGAUUGACCGCUGACCAGCAGGAGGGCGAGGAGGAUGAUCUCUCCUACUGCGGCUACCACGACCUGCCGCCUCCGCCGGAUGGGGGCUACGGUUGGGUGGUGGUUUUCGCCUCCUUUAUGUGCAAUAUGAUCGUCGACGGAAUCGCCUACACGUUUGGCGUUUUCCUGCAGCCCAUGGUCACGUUCUACGGUGAAUCAAAGGGCAAGACAGCAUGGGUAGGAUCUCUCCUCUCAGGCAUGUACCUCAGUGCUGGUCCUUUAGUGAGCGCCCUCACCAACAAGUUUGGGUGCCGGGCGGUUUGUAUUGCCGGCGCCCUGAUUUCGACCUCUGCCUUUAUUCUGAGCGCCUUCUGCCCCACCGUGAACUGGUUGAUGCUGGUCUAUGGCGUGAUUGGCGGUGUGGGCUUUGGACUUAUUUACUUGCCGGCCGUGGUGUGCGUGGGCUACUACUUUGAGACCAAACGCUCCCUGGCAACUGGGAUCGCGGUCUGCGGCUCCGGAGUGGGCACCUUUGCGUUCGCGCCCCUGGCCGACCUGUUGCUGCAGGAGUUCGGGUGGCGUGGAGCCAACCUGAUUCUGGCCGGGUUUAUUCUGAAUUGCGUGCUGUUUGGGGCGUUGAUGCGCCCGCUGACCUAUCCGAAGGAGUCGGGCGAGAAGCCGCUGCUUCAACGCAUGGCUGAGGAGCGACGCAUCCAGAUGGAGCGCGGCAGCAUCGGCGGCUCGUACUUUUUGGUGCAGCUGCCCGAUGGCACCAUGGAGAAGCGGAUGAAGCAGCCGCUGAACAUCGACCCGGGCGUGCACUCCAGCUUGAACCUGGACCAAUUGGCGCCCGGAACCCCGAUCACGCCAAUUCCAACGGUGCCCACGUUGCCCACGAUUUCGGAGGUGAAAGUCACUGAGCAGAGUGGCAGUUCGGGCAGCCCCAGUCCAGGCGAGAGCCAGGCCGAGAUCAAGCACCCGCGGCUUCUGGAGCUCAAAAACCAGAUGGGGGAAGGCAAGGACCCCAAGUUGCCGCGCAACGCCAGCCAGCCAGCUUUUUCCUCUCAAAUUCCUGGGUUGCCAAAGAAUGGAUCGGUGCCAACAUUCGAUCGUAUUAGGAAGACUUCGGUGGGGGAGCGAUUCAAGCCUACUCUGGACCCCAUCAAGUCGACCUCGAGGGGCAAGCUGGGCUCUAAUGCGGAAAUGCGCCGGCUGCGCAACACCUCUACUGGCUCCUUUCUGAGCCGCAACAACAACAGCGAGGUAGACGUGGAGAGUCUGGGCUACACCACGUCCAAGAUGUCGCUGGCCAGCAAAAAGGGGGGCAACAUGGUGCGGCCGCUGUCCAGGAAGGAUAUUUUCUACUCGGGCUCCAUUACCAACCUGCCGGAGUUCCAUCAGUCGCAAAAGUCGCUCACCAACUACCGCCAGAGCAUUAUGAGCAUCCCCAAGCUGAAGCAGCUGGAAGAGGAUGGCUCCCCUGCUGAUAUCUGCCCAUGUCUGGCGUUGCCCGAUAGUUUCAAGAACGCCCUUUCCCAGAUGAUGGAUAUGAGCCUGCUGAAGGAUCCCGUUUUCAUGUGCAUCGCUGUCUCAAAUCUGUUUGGAAUGGCCGGUCUGUAUAUUCCGUUCGUUUACUUGGCGGCGUGCGCCCAGGCGGAUGGCAUCGAGCCGACGAAGGCCUCGUUCCUCAUCUCGAUAAUUGGCAUCACCAACACAGUGGGGCGCGUGGCGUGCGGCUACUUCGCGGACUUUCCCCGCGUCAACGCCCUUCAAGUGAACAACAUCUGCUUGGUGAUUUCUACGCUGGCUGUAGCCGCCACGCCCUUCUGCCACACCUACCCCGCCUAUGUUAUAAUGGCCAUUGCGUUCGGCGUCGCUGUUUCCGGGUACAUAUCGCUUACCUCCAUCAUCCUGGUGGAUCUGCUUGGGCUGGACAAGCUGACCAACGCCUUCGGGCUGUUGAUUCUGUUUCGUGGGGCGGCCGCUAUUGUGGGCUCCCCGCUGGCGGGCGCCAUUUAUGACGCCACCCAUUCCUAUGACAUUCCGUUCUAUGUAGCGGGCGGACUGUUUGCAGUGUCCGCCGUCACCAGCUUCCUGGCGCCUUACAUGAAGCGAUUCACUAACGGGGAGGAGCAGGUGCAGGGCGACGGCGACGCCCUUACGCCCAUUGAUGAGGAUGAGGAGGAGGACGAGCCGAUUACGAUGGGCGGCAAACGGCCGCUGCCCAAGAUCAUCGAAACGUCCGCCAGCAACAACGAAAAGGAAAUCAAGCAAAUUGAGUCGGUGUUGUAAAACGGCGGAAGCGCCGCGAGGGGCCCCAUGCUCAGUGCGAACUGACCGUAAAGCGAAAUGUGAUAGUAAGUUACGCCCAAUCAAGCAAACAAACAAAGUAUUCGCCACUGCUGAUGUGAUAGCCCGGCGGUGUCAAGUCGAGCUGUAAAUAGUGUGUAUAUUCUUAGUGCACAGGCAUUAUUUAUACUGUACUUAAUGUUAAUUGCCUUGUAGCAACGUAUGUCUUUUUAACUAGAUUUAGUUGGUGAGGCUUUUGCGGGGGCACGUUUCCUGCCUGGGAAAACACGGUCGCUCCCAGUCCACUCGGCUGGGCAACUUCUUCUAUCGAUCGCUGUCCCUGGGGUCAUUGGACUUGCCGAAAAUUGUCCGCGGUUAUUCAACUUUAGUGCCUUUUUAUGAUUUUCUUUUGGUUGCGCCGGCUUGAUUCAUGUGUCUUUGAAUGAACAAUGCACAGAACCUCAUCGGCCCCCUACUUCCCAACAGUCUUCCAGGUAUUGAGAAGCGCCAGCCAAGCAAAUUGUGGCCAGACAGUCGGGGGUGCUUUGAUUAAUCUUUUUUUACACGAUAUUAACAGUAUUGUAAUGGUUUAAUUGUUAGUUUAGAUUAGUUAGUAGAAUAAAAAGCGCGGGGCUCCAAUUGUCCGACCAGUCCACUUUGAAUUACAAUAAAUCGACAACAAGGGAUGAUUAUGAUUGUGAAAAAUUUGUAUAUUGCCAAACUUACGCGUACCUGUCCCCUGGCGACAACUGUUUUAGUCGUGGAGGAUUUCAACAUGGAAUUGUUACCAAAUAAAAAAUUAAAUUGA